GCCCCACGGAACCUUUUUCAACCCCAGCUUCCGUUUCGGUAGGAAAGCGUUUACACGAACACCUUCCCCUUUCGUUUUCUCGCUACUUAUCCAAGCUGCGAAAGAUCUGAGAUAUGCCGAAUAUGAAAUCAGCAGUCCGCUAUUGGCGCAUUUUUGAGAAAUGCAGGUUCCCGCCUCUUGCCUAUGACUCUAUCCAUUUACCUUCUCUCAGUGCAUUAUUACCAGUUGCCUUUUGGUGGUCUCAUCGAUUCCUGGACUGCAGAUUGAUUACUACCAGGUCUUUUGUACAAAGCAAAAAAGGCUUUCCCUCUUACGGGUCAAACUAUGAAUCCUCUCCAAAGCCUGAAGAAUCUUUAACUAAUGCACCAAUAGAAGAAGUAAAUGCAACAGAUGUGGACCAUUUGAAGCUAGAAGAGGACACAAGUGCUUAUGUUAACCUGGGAUUCAGUCCUGCUCAGAUGACACAGCUAUUUAACUUGCAGUUGGAUGCACCAUUUCAGUCAAAACUGACUGCAAUUUCAGAAUUACUCCUAUUGGGUUUAAGCAUUACCACAAUACUGAAGGUCCUAGAAAAGAAGCCUGAACUACUGAGAAUGCCACCAAAACAUUUGAAGGAACGUGCAGAUCUUCUGAGGAGACUUGGCUUAGAUGCAGAAAACCUUACCCAGGUGGCACUACAUUUUCCAAGUAUCUUUACAGUGCCACACAAAAGAAUCAAAUCCCUAGAGAAGCUUCUUAAAGAAAAAUGUCUCUUCACAAUGGCACAAAUAUCAAAAAUUCUACAAACAAGUCCACAGCUCCUUUUAGAAGAGUUAAAUGAUGUAGAAUACAAAUUCCAGUUUGCGUAUUUCAGGAUGGGACUUAAACAUGGACAGAUAGUGCAGUCUGGUUUCUUCCAAGCAUCGAUGGCUGAAAUAAACAAACGAAUAAAUUUUUUGGAGCGCUUGGGACGCUAUCAAACUCCUGAUAAGAAAGGACAGACCCAAAUUAUGAAUCCCAAACUGAAAAGUAUUAUCAAAACUUCUGAACAGGAUUUUGUGACUAAAGUAGCCUGCUCCUCAAUUGAAGAAUAUGAGGUCUUUAAGAAGUUGCUGGCCGAUGAAGAAGAACAGAGGAGGCAACAGGAGGAAGCAAUGGAAGAAUUCUCAGAUUCAGAGAAUGAUGAUGGAACUGGUUCUGAAUAAUUUUGCAAUUAAACGUUUUUGCUAUCUGGUAAUAGUAGUAGUAUUUCUUGCCUUUUUAAGAUAGGAAGGAGGGAGCUGAUGGAUACUUCUGAUAAUAGAGAAUUCUAAUACUUGUGAAUAUUUUUAAAUGAGUUAUUAAAAAAUGAAAGGCAGGUUGGGAAAUCAGACUCAAAAUAUCAAUUCAUAAAUAUGGCUUUAAAUAAAGCUUCUAAAGGGUAGCCUUAUUUGAAAACAUUUUUUAUAAAUGCAGUUUUUAUAGCUAUCUCCAGGAAUCCUUUCAUUCUUAAAAAAAAAAGCUGAAUGACUUUGAAAUAAGUUAUAUAUUUGGUCUAAAAUGAAAAAAAAAAACCACAAGGUAAACUUUAAUAAAAUAAAACCUUUUUACUUUAUUGGUGCAUUACAUAUGCCUUGAUCUGACUACAGAGUACUGAAUUGAUAAUGGUCCUCUUCUGCCUUAAGACAGUCUCUGGGGAAAACAGUGUGACAAACAAGGAACAAGCAAUAAAGAUCUGUCAUACCCUUUGUCUUCUGCAGAUACAAUUUUAAAACUUUACUUUGGAAUUUGAAAAAUGUAAUAUUUUGGCGCUACCCCUUCUUCGUUCUCUUUAUUCUUGGAAACUUUGAUAUUCUAGUUAAAAGGUGAAAUUGUUCUCCUAAGCCAAAUAUGUAGCGUAAUUGCAGUGCUGAUGUGGUUGUUCAAAAUCCCAAGGAUUUCACAUCCUUCUUCCUCUUCAUGUAGUCUUCCUAACACACAUUUUCUGCUGACCAUGCUCAGUUCUCAUUUAGUUAUUUUUCCCCCCAGGUUCUGUCACAUCAGAAAUAGAGGGAACAAUACACCAAUUCAACCUGGUAAUGUUGAUGAACGUGCAAAUAUUUCUGCUGGGCUACACUGUCUUUAGCAGAAGGCUACUGGGUUUUUAAUAGUUGUAAUUCUACAUUUUUUAUGCAAUCUGUGGCCCUUUAGUAUUGUGCCAUCUCCCAUCAGGGAAAAGAAUCACAAAUGGACAAUAUCACCCAUUACUCACAGCACACAUAAAUAACUUAUGUAGAAAUGCGACUAAGCAUCUCUUGAUGACUUCUAGGGUUUUUAAGUUUUUUAUUUAUUUAUUAAUUUCUUAUACCACCCAUCUCCCCUACAAGGUGACUCUGGGCAGCUUAAAAGUUAUAAAACAAGUAAAAAUUAGUUAAAAUAUUAAAAGAAUGAAGGAACUUUGGAACUACUUUGUGCUAUUUCUGCCAAUUGCAAGGAUUAUUGUCUUUCCAAUUAGAAAAAUAUCCCCUUUUCAAUAUGCUGCUCUAU